CCUGGAGUUUACUUCUCUCAGUUUCAGCCCUAAAUUCUAUCUAAUCUGUCUAUCUUUCUUCCCGCCACGACGCACGCACGCACGCACGCGGUGUCUGUCAGAGAACCGACCGUUUUCGUAACCUCCAUUUCCAUACAUACUCCCGCCAAAUCUCGCAACCGGCUGUCGCCGGUAAAACCUCCGUACAAUCCCGAUAGUGUAGGUGUUGGCUGGCGUGGUGUAGUGUCGUUGAGAUUCCUGUUUUGUGUUUUUUGAUUUCUCGUUAGGGUUUUUACUCUGAGGUCGGAUGAAGGUUCUGGAAGGUAGGGUUCCCAUUCAGUCGCACGUGGACCAGCUGCAUGAGAGCUCCGCGCUUUCCUCCCAUUUUAAACAACUAUGAGUGCUGUGAAUAUCACCAACGUUACCGUCCUCGACAAUCCUGCCUCCUUCUUGACCCCCUUUCAGUUCGAGAUCUCCUACGAGUGCUUGACCCCUCUCAAAGACGAUUUGGAAUGGAAACUCAUCUAUGUGGGGUCUGCGGAGGAUGAGACUUAUGACCAACUAUUAGAGAGUGUACUUGUUGGGCCUGUCAAUGUGGGGAACUAUCGAUUUGUUUUACAGGCAGACCCGCCGGAUCCAUCAAAAAUUCGUGAAGAAGAUAUCAUUGGUGUGACGGUGCUUCUGUUAACAUGCUCUUAUCUGGGUCAAGAGUUUAUCCGGGUGGGCUACUAUGUCAACAACGAUUACGAUGAUGAGCAGCUGAGAGAGGAACCUCCAUCGAAGGUCUUAAUUGAUAGGGUUCAAAGAAACAUUUUAUCUGAUAAACCGAGGGUCACGAAGUUCCCCAUCAAUUUCCACCCAGAGGACAGCGAAAGUAGAGAACAACCACAGCCACCUGAUCAUCCUUCUGAGACUGAUGGAAAUGAAGAAUUGCCUGCUUCACCUGAUCCUCAUCCUUCAGAUGGGCAGGGGCAGUAAAUAAUGCAAUCACAGGAUCUACUUCCAGUCCCUGACCUCUUGGAUUUUCUCAUUCAAGGUAUUAACGGUGGUUUCAUUUUGGAGGCAUUUUGAUUGCGUUAACUUGACAACAAUGUGAAGGAGUUUAUGAGGUGGUGGUUGAACUUCUAGGGUUCAGUUUGACCAUAGAUUGUUAAAUCCUAUUGUAUUAAGCUGAUUGCUGUGUUUCAAAUUGAAUCUUCAGUUGUGUUGGGGCCAAAGAGAGAAAUCCUGGGUUCAUAGUGGUUUUCAUCAAAUUUGGCCUUACUAGUUUUGGGGUUUAAUUAUCAACAUUUACUGAAUGUAUCGCUGACAACCAAUGUUUCUUUUAAUGUUGGAAGGACAAUUGAGUGAAUCCCCCAUAUCACAAUUUUAGUGUGUAUA